AAUUUGAAUUGGAAGCUUGAAACCCUUUUGAAAUUUUCCAAUAACUUAUUUGAUAUUGAUUCGAAUAAGUUAAGUUGAUCGGACUUUACAAGGUAGGAUUUCCAUCCUUGAAAUGAAGAAGAGGCUCUCUAUGGCUUUACUCUUCGAGCAUCAGUGAGGGAGAGCGAUGUGCAGUUUGGAGAAGCGCGGCAACAUCUUCAUCCUCACGCUCACCGGCCCCGGCGAGCACCGGCUAAAUCCCACCCUACUCGAUGCCAUUUCAGCCGCCCUAAGCCGAGUAAGAGCCGAGAGUUCAAUGUCAUCUGCUCUCAUCACGACCGCCGAGGGCAAGUUCUUCUCCAACGGCUACGAUCUCGCGUGGGCCUCCGCUUCCGGCGUCUUCCUCGAUCGGUCCAAGCUCAUGUCUUCAAAGCUUAGAUCACUCGUCGCCGAUCUGAUUUCCCUUCCGAUGCCGACUAUCGCCGCCAUCUCUGGCCACUGCUCAGCCGCCGCCGCGAUUAUCGCGCUUAGCCACGACUACGUCCUCAUGAGGAAUGACCGCGGCUUUAUCUACAUGCCCGAGCUCGACAUCGGGAUCAAGAUUCCCGAUUGGUGGUUCGUAGCGCUGAUUCGAAGCAAGAUCGGAGCGCCGAGGUCUCAACGCGAGCUCAUGCUACGAGCCGCUAAAUUGACGGCCCAUGAUGCGCUGAAUUGGGGUAUUAUCGACUCGGCGCACAAUAGCACGGAGGAGACUGUGAGGGCGGCCAUCCGAUUUGGAGAUGAGUUGGUUGGGAGGAAAUGGGAUGGACACGUGUACGCUCAGAUACGGAUGCGCAUGUUAGCUGAUGUGUUUGAUAAGAUUGGAUGUGAUGAAUCCGUAGGAGAAGUGAGUCACACUCGCUCACGGCUCUAGGCUAUAACAAUGGACAAAAACUCUAUUGGCCAUAAGAAAACUCUAAUUAUCAAUAAGGAUUUUUAUUCUAAUUUUGGCUGUA